CUGAUUUCUUCUAGUUCGUUUUCAAGUAUAUAAGCUACAAGUCUAAUGACCCCACGCUCCCAUAGUAAGCGCGUCAUUUACGCUCCUAAACUCAAAUUACUACUUUACCCCUCCUGGGAUAAAUAUCAUUGGCUAGUUGGCUCUUCUAAACCUCUCCGUUUUCUUGCUGGCACCACCGGGCAGCCGGGCAGCCACCGUCUCUCUUAAACCUCCGGCGAGUUCAGUAAUAGACGCUUGUACUGUUAGUUCUUCAAUAAUUCAUUUUACCCAGAAAUUUUUUUAUGUUAUCACACUAUCCUCCCAGAAAAAUGAUUUAUUUCCUUCACUUUCCGACAUUACUAUUCACUAUCUUCAUCUGUUCAUUGUUAUCGGUAGUUAAAUCCAAUGAAAUACCAGAAUCCUCCAUUUAUGAAGUGCUUAAGCUUCACGGGCUGCCAAUGGGCUUGCUUCCGAAAGGCGUAAAGAACUUCACCUUGGACAAUUCAGGAAACGUCAAGGUUCAUUUGGAUCAAGCCUGCACCGCCAAGUUUGAAAAUGAAAUGCACUAUCACAGCAAUGUUUCGGGCACCUUACGUUAUGGGCAGAUCGACGGGCUGUCCGGGAUUUCUGCUCAAGAUUUGUUCUUGUGGUUGCCGGUGAAGGAAAUCCGGGUUGAUAUUCCAAGUUCCGGUUUGAUAUACUUUGAUGUGGGUGUGGUUUCUAAGCAGUUUUCUUUGUCUUCAUUUGAGACUCCAAGGGAUUGUUUGGCUGUUCAUGUCCCGGAUCUUGAAGAUGGAAGACAUAUAGUGGAAACAGUUUCUAAGAUUAAAUCAGAGAAGCUUUGGUAUCAGCCUAAUCAGGACAAUAUUGCAAGGACAGCAUUGUAGAUUUUGUAUGGAUUUUCCUUGUAUGCAUACAAGUCUAGCUUAGCAUGCCUCUCUCUUUUCUAGUUUGUUUGCUCGCUCGGUCGGGGUUUGCUUGAGUUUGUGUUCGCGUUGGCGUUGUGAUAAUGUUGUGUAUUAUUAAUAGUAUUGUAUAUAAUUAAAAUACGACUAGUCUUGAUCGGAUGAAGAAUAAAAUUUUACACUCAUAUGUCACAUAUUUGAGAAUCUAAUUCUUGCUUUUGAAAAAAAGAAAACUGAAUUGUCAU